GUGGUUGUCUCCACGGGACGACGGCAAGCGAUGACUCGCCGGCGCCAUGAUAUCAUGAAGAUUGCCAGGCGAGCACGGCGUGCGCUGCGCCUGCCGCCAGUGGAUGGAUGAACAUCAGGCGUGGCGGGCACAUAUAUUCAUGGCGUUUAGCCUAACCGACUCGUCUCCGUCGGCUACGUUGCUCGCGUGCAUCUUCAUCCCAUUGCAUCUUCGUACUUUUGGCCGGAGUCCUUCGCUGUAUACCAUAGGUAUCGAUAUUUGAGCAUCGACUUGAACCGGCCAUCGACGCCAAAGCUCAAGACUACCUUCCCUGAGUGUCACAUCGCUCCAUCAUGAAGGCAAUGCUGGCGACCGCCCUCCUGGGCGCAUCUUCGGCUCUUGCACUGGGUCCCGUCGGCAGUCAGCCCAAGGCGAGCUCUCAGAGACCCGACGACCACUGGGACGCCAUUGUCCGAGGCUCCAGCAUAGAGAGCACAAACGGCGGUGCCCUCUCCAACUACAAUCUGCGCGUCAACAAGGUCGACCCGUCCAAGUUGGGUGUCGACAAGGUCAAGCAGUACAGCGGCUAUCUCGACGACGAAAAGCAGGACAAGCAUCUCUUCUAUUGGUUCUUUGAGUCUCGCAACGACCCCAAGAACGAUCCUGUCGUUCUAUGGCUCAACGGCGGUCCUGGAUGUUCGUCGCUCACCGGGCUCUUUCUGGAGCUUGGACCUGCCAAGAUUGAUGAGAACAUUCAGGUCGUCAGCAACCCUCACUCCUGGAACAACAACGCGUCCGUCAUUUUCCUCGACCAACCCGUCAACACGGGCUUCUCGUACAGUAAAGGGCAGGUGGACACCACGGAAGCUGCCAGCAAGGACAUCUACGCGCUCUUGACCCUGUUUUUCCAACAGUUUCCCGAGUACUCGAAGCAGCCGUUCCACAUUGCUGGCGAGUCGUAUGCUGGACACUACAUCCCUGUUUUCUCUGCCGAGAUCCUGUCCCACAGUGACCGCAACAUCAAUCUCAAGAGCGCACUGAUCGGGAAUGGCCUGACGGACCCCCUGACCCAAUAUAAGUUCUAUCGACCUAUGGCUUGCGGGGAGGGAGGCUACCCUGCCGUACUCGACCAAGGCAGCUGCCAAUCGAUGGACAAUGCGCUGCCUAAAUGCGAACAGCUCAUCAAGUCGUGCUACGACACUAAAGACCCCAAGGCAUGCUCGAGCGCUACCUCAUACUGCAAUGGCGAAAUGCUCGGGCCGUUCCAGCAGACUGGCAAGAACGUGUACGAUGUCCGCAAGGAGUGCGAAGGAGGUAACCUCUGUUAUCCUGCACUCGACUGGAUCUCCAAGUACCUCAACAAGAAGGAAGUGAUUGAGGCUCUGGGCGUGGAGGUGUCCGGCUUCGAGAGCUGCAACAACGACGUCAACCGCAACUUUGCGGCCCACGGCGACUGGAUGCUUCCCGAGCACCGAAACGUGCCUAAGCUGCUCGAGCAGAUUCCCGUCCUUAUUUAUGCGGGCGACGCCGACUUCAUCUGCAAUUGGCUGGGCAACCAGGCGUGGACCAAGGCGCUUGACUGGCCAGGCAAGAAUGCCUUCAACGGCGCCCAGCCUCAGACGCUCCGGACCCCGGCAGGGGGCAAGGACUACGGCAAGAUCACGACGGCUCAGAAUUUUGCCUUUCUUCAGAUCUUUGGCGCGGGCCACAUGACUCCGAUGGAUCAGCCUGAAGCAUCCCUCGACUUCUUCAACCGCUGGCUGGCGGGGGAGUGGAAGUCUAAAUGAGUCGUGAGGCGGCGUGCCGACGAGCGGACUCGGUCUCUGUAGGACCAUGUACAUAGCCCUAUUAGCCAGACAGACGGCC